AUGGCAUCGGCUACUAUGCAGGCAUUGAACUACCUUGGGCCGUACAAGGUCCGGGUUGAAUACGUCGAAAAGCCUAAGCUGGAGCAUCCUGACGAUAUCAUCGUGAAAGUCACUACUGCGGCGAUUUGUGGCUCGGACUUGCACAUGUACGAAGGCCGAACUGCGGCUGAGCCGGGAAUCACCUUCGGGCAUGAGAAUAUGGGCAUCGUGGACGAAAUGGGAGACGGUGUGACGUUGUUGAAGAAAGGUGAUCGUGUCGUAAUGCCGUUUAACGUUGCCGACGGUCGGUGCCGCAACUGCGAGGAAGGCCGGACGGCGUUUUGCACUGGUGUCAACCCUGGCUUUGCGGGCGGAGCUUAUGGUUACGUUGCCAUGGGUCCCUACCGUGGAGGCCAGGCACAGUACGUCCGUGUACCGUAUGCGGACUUCAAUGCUUUGAAGCUGCCUCCGGGAGCCGAGCACGAAGCCGACUUUGUUCUUCUGGCAGAUAUUUUCCCCACUGGCUGGCACGGCGUCGAAAUCUCCGGCUUCAAAUCAGGCGAAAGCAUCGCAGUCUUCGGCGCAGGCCCUGUCGGCCUGAUGGCCGCCUACUCAGCCAUUCUUCGCGGCGCAUCCUUCGUUUACGUCGUUGACCGAGUCCCCGAGCGCCUUGCAGUCGCAAAAAAGAUUGGCUGCAUCCCGAUUGAUUUCACGAAGAGCGAUGCCGUCGACCAAAUUAUCGCCCACAAUGGCGAUAUGGUUGACCGGUCCGUCGAUGCCGUUGGCUACCAAGCCGUUGACCCGAACGGGUCUUCCGAGAAGCCGAAUAUUGUACUCGAGAACAUGAUCCGUGUUACGCGCGCGUGCGGAGGAAUGGGUAUUCCGGGUCUUUAUGUUCCUAGUGAUCCCGGUGCUCCAGAUGCUGCUACCGCGAAUGGCAUGAUCAGUCUUAGUUUUGGGAAGCUCUUUGAGAAGGGAUUGUCUCUUGGCACUGGUCAGUGCAAUGUGAAAGCUUACAACCGGUACCUGCGUGAUAUGAUCAUUGCUGGCAAGGCGAAGCCUAGCUUUGUGAUUUCCCACGAGAUCGAUCUCACUGGUGCCGAGGCUGCUUAUCACAAGUUUGAUAAGAGAGAGGAUGGUUCGUCUCUCUCCAGGCAAUACCACACUUUCUACCCAGUGGUGCACACCAACACAGCUUUUAUCCUCAUUCAAGCUCUUACAUCCCAACGAUCUCUUUUUCCUACCCCAACGCUGUCUGUGUCUGCCACCCUCGAUCUCCUCGCCUUGUCAAAUCUCAUCAUAGAGGCCCCGAAUCCACUGAGAACCCUCCAUCCACUAAACACAGACAUCAACCCCAUCCAUCGCGGUCAAGUGGAGUGCACUAUUCAGGACCUCACAGCCAAGUUCGUCCUGAACCAGAACCUUGAGGAUCUCAUUCCCGCCCAAUACCUUAGACUGGCUCGCCAGUCUGCUACCGCCACACGCAAGGCCUGGAUCUUCAGAUGCGGCGCCGAUGAUGCCCGUGCCAUUGAUAUGGAAGAGUGGUCUAGGGUGGAUAUCCGCUACAGAGGCGUUUUCAAAACUCUCGCCAAGUGUCCGCAAUUUACAAAAGGAUUGUGGGAGGGCGGAUGCGAGGAUUUCCAGGCUGAGCUCAACAGUGGAAGAUCCAAAACUCAGGCCCAGGUCAUCUAUGCGCUGUUGAGCGAGAUUGGUGAGAUGCUUGACCUGAAGCGGGAGACCUAUGAUGGCGAUGCUGUUUUCUCCUUGACACCUCGGCUACUAAGCCACCAGAUGGAGUACUGGACCGGAUAUCGUCAGAAAUACAAGGACGCCCCCGAGACUGCAGGAUUUCUCUCUCUCGAGUUCAGCCCCCAUUCAUGGACUAGUCACACCAUUCUUCCAACGUCUACAACCACCAAAGAACAGUCUCUUCGCUCCGCCCUCGGCGACAAGUUCAAGAUCAUCCUCGGUCAACUCCUCCUGCACCUAAGAUACCUUCCACUUCCCGGCGACAAGCUCCCAGACCAGGAAAUCUUCCUGAUAGGUCUCCAUGGGUCAAAGCUCCACCUCAUGCGCGCAUUCUUCCCGGGCCAGAAAAUAUCCAGCCUGUGGUGUCGCCGCGAGAUACCCAGCCCGGCACCUACAUUUUCAUCCGACAGAGUCCAGAUCUUGCGAACUUUGUCACCAGAAACCCCGCAAAGUGCUCACAUCGAGGAUACCAACACCGAAGAACAUCUCCUUGGAAUCCAAAAUCCUAGCACCGAAGGCAUCUCCGCCCAGACACCCGACAGCAGCCGCUUUUACACAGCCAAAAAUAUGGAACGCGUCCGUCAGCAACUCGCAGAUACAAAGAUGGAGCAGCUGGACUACGAACCGGACCUACGUACCUUCCGAGUCCUAGCUACGUGCGAGUUUGAUCUCUGGCUUAGAGAGGACUUUGCCGCUGCUGUCCACAUGCUCGUUGCGUUGCAUUUGUAUCUCCUCGGUGGAACCGCACAGUGCGGGACACUGCAGCAGGUUUUUGAGAAGCACCCGUACGCUGGAGAUGCUUCUAGCCCUGAUAGUGGGUUUGGUGUUGAGCUGCAGCGCGAUUCAAGGCUGUAUCAGGAUUUACACAGAGAGGAGAAGAAUUUCGAAGAGAAGGAGGAAGAACUCCGUCGUGAGGAGCUCAUUCAGCGGCAGGAGGAUGCCGAAGCGCACCGACGGCGAGAGGUUAUGCGGAAUACCGAGGGUGAUCGAAUCGGUAGUCUUCACGAUGCUAGAAGGCAGUGGUGGGACUUUGUUUGGCAGGAUGAGGAUGAUCCUUUCUCCGCCAAGCCGUAG